GUGUCAAUUAAGUGUAUUUUAGGGCAAUUUUUUUUGAAUUUUAGAGUGAAGAAUAGCAAUUCAGUUAUUUUUAAAGCGCAGCACUUCACCCAAACUUCCCACAAGUCAUAGUUCUCACUGACUCACUCUCUCAGUUCAUAUUCUUUCUGCACGAAGCGGAAGGUGAGAAAGGGAACGGGAGUCGCGAAUCGCGAUGUCCAUCAGUGCCGCCGCUCUCUUCUUGCGAUCCGUCCACCUUCGUCACUACCGUCUGCUACACCGGAUGCAAAUGGACGCCCGACUAAAUGGAGGAGAGCCGUUGGGAGGCAUCGCGGCUCUUCAGCCAUUGAUGGUCAAGCUUCCCAAUUGGAUCAAAAAGAAAAAUUACAUCCACUGUAAGGCGGGGACUGUGUUCUUAUUAUCACCCCGUUGCCGGCCAAAUAUGGGCGUUAUUUGUCACCCGAGCCUCCAAUUCUUGAAGAAGUGUAACGGAAACGCCAUAACCGCUCGCCUCAAAACGCAGUCUUUCAGCUCCACCGCCGCCGGCCAGCAGCUUGAAAAUAGCACCAUGGUGACGGAGAUUGCCACUUUUCUCGAGCAGCAUAACUGGCAGCACCUCAUCUGGUCGUCGCCAAUCCGGCCGAAGCUGAACGCGGAGUUGGUCCACUCCGUUAUCAGACAGAACCCAGUGAAAGACCCUUUACGCUUACUAGGUUUCUUCAAUUGGACACAUUAUCACCUAGGUAUCCCUCGAAAUCUCUCAUCAUUUUCGAUUCUCGCGUUGACUCUCUGCGACGCUCGGCUUUUGGGUCCUGCCAAUGGGGUUUUAGAUAAUAUGUUGGAAACAGGGAAGUCGCAUCUGGAGAUUUUGGAUGCGAUUGUUGUGAGCAGCAGGGAGUCUGGUGGGAAGGACUGUGUGGUUUUUGGGAUCCUGAUCAAUGCUUAUAAGAAAAGGGGGUUGUUGGAUCAAGCUGUUGAUGUUUUCUUAGGUGCAAUAGGCAAUGGUUUUGUAGUUGAUUUGAUGUGCUGCAACACGCUUCUGAAGGAUUUGCUUAAAUUUAAUAAAUUAAAUUUGUUUUGGAAAGUUUACGAGGGGAUGUUAGAUGCUAAAGUAGCGCCUGAUGUUUACACUUACACAAAUGUGAUCAAUGCACAUUGUAGAGAAGGGAAUGUUAAAGAAGGCAGACGUUUGCUCUCAGAAAUGGAAGAGAAGGGUUGCAAUCCUAAUGUGGUUACUUAUAAUGUGAUCAUUGGUGGGUUGUGUAAAGCGGGGAAUUUUGAUGAAGCUUUAGAGUUAAAGCAGAAAAUGGCUAAUAAGGGUUUGGUUCCAGACAGCUACACUUUCACUAGUCUUAUUGAUGGGUACUGUAAACUGAAGAGAUCAGCUGAGGCAGCAUUGGUGUUAGAGGGGAUGUAUAGCUUGGGUUUAAAGCCUGACCAUAUUUGUUACACCGCAUUGAUUGACGGGCUAACCAAAGAAGGUAAACUGGGAGAAGCUAUUCAAUUGAAACAGGACAUGUGUACUCGAGGAAUUCGGCCAAACUUUUUGACAUAUAAUAUGCUCCUCAGUGGAAUGUGUAGAGCUGGGGAGAUGGAGAAGGCAGAAACCCUUUUCAGUGAAAUGCUCGCAGUUGGCCUCAAACCAAAUGCACAUACUUACGGUUUUCUAGUUGAUGGGUACUGCAAGCUGCAGAAUGUAGUAAAAGCUUGUGAUUUACUGGUUGAGAUGAAGAAGAGGAAUUUGAUUCCCACAUCUUACACAUGUGGUUUGAUCAUGAAUGGCCUUUGCCACAUUGGAGAUCUAACAGGAGCCACAAAAUUGUUCGAGGAAAUGAUUUCUUGGGGUGUCAAACCAAAUCUUAUGUUCUACUCAACUCUGAUCAAAGGUAAUGUUCAGAAAGGAAGAUCUCAGGAGGCUAUAGAAAUUUUCAAGGUGAUGAAGCAGAAAGGACCAGCACCGGACCUCUUCUGCUAUAAUAUGGUGAUAAUUGGCCUUUGCAAGGCCAAUAAGAUUGAUGAAGCUAAGAUUUACUUGGUCGAUAUGAUCGAGAGGGGAAUAAAGUCAAAUAUAUAUACUUACGGAUCUAUCAUCCAUGCACACUGCAGAGCAGGGGAAACACAUGCUGCACAAAAGUGUUUUGCAGAGAUGCUUCGUUAUGGUAUAGAACCUAAUGACGUUGUAUAUACUGCCCUCAUUAACGGCCAUUGCAAGGAUGGUGACACUGCACAAGCCUUCUCAACUUUUAGAUCUAUGCUCGAGAAAGGGAUAUUACCUGACAAUCAAACUUACAGUGUGUUCAUCCAAGGUCUUUCUACAUACGGGAAACUUGAAGAAGCAAUGCAAGUUUUUUCUGAAUUGACUGAAAGAAAGUUGGAACCUGAUGUUUUUUCUUACAACUCUCUUAUUUCUGGCUUCUGUAAGCAACAUGAUAUAGAAAAGGCUCUCGAGCUCCAUGAUGAGAUGUGUCAAAGAGAUGUUAGUCCAAAUAUUGUAACUUACAAUGCACUAGUAAGUGGACUUUGCAAGGCCGGGGAAGUUGACAAAGCUAGGGAACUCUUCGAUGAAAUUCAAAAGAAGGGUCUGUUUCGCAAUAGUGUUACUUAUGCUACAAUGAUUGAUGGAUACUGCAAAUCUGGGAGUUUAAAUAAAGCAUUUCAGCUUUUGGAGCAGAUGCCAGCUGAAGGGGUUCAUCCUGAUAGCUAUGUUUAUUGUGCUGUGAUUGAUGGCUGCUGCAAAGCCGGAAACAUGGAGAAAGCUCUAUCUUUGUUCUUAGAAAUGGUGCAUAAGGGAGUUCACUCUACACAUGCUUUGAAUGCUCUGGUUGACGGCUUCUGCAAGUUAGGAAUGCUGAGCGAAGCUAACCAACUGUUGGAGGAUACAGCAUGUAAGAAGAUUGUGCCAAAUGAAGUGACAUAUACUAUUCUGAUUGAUUAUCAUUGCAAGAGUGGAAUGAUGAAACAGGCAGAACAACUGUUUCUGGAGAUGCAAAACAAGAAUCUGUUGCCAAAUAUUUUAACAUACACCACACUCUUACACGGUUAUGCGAGUGCAGGGAGAAGAGAAGCAAUGUUUGUUGUCUUUGAUGAGAUGGUUGCCAAAAACAUUGAGCCUGAUGAGGUCCUAUGGAAUCUGAUUAUUGAUACUUGCUUGAAAGAAUGUAACCUCUUGAAGGCUUUGAAGUUGAUAGAUCAGAUGACACUUAAGGGUGCAAAAGUAUGUAAAAACAUAUAUGUUUUGCUGAUUGAUUCCAUAUGUGAAGCAAAUGGUUUCCUUAAAGACUUUAAGUUGCUUGAUGAAGCCAACACUGGAGGAUCUAGGCUUAGCACUGGCACCUGUAGGUCUCUCAUCCAUGGUCUUUACAGAGCAGGAAAGGUAGAGGAAGCAAAGAGCUUUUUAGAUGACGUUGUUAGGUUGAAAUGGGUUGAGAAUUCCACACUGCUUGAGGACAUUAUCAAUCCAGACCAAGUUAGCACUUCCUGUGAUGGCAAGGUUGAUGAUUCAAAGCCAGGAGAGUUGGGAGUUGCUUAGCAGGCGUGAGCCUAUCUUCUGGCAGCAGGGAGCACAUGUGGAGGAGCUGGAACCUCAACAUCCGGUAUUUAGAGUCAAAUCUGAAAGCUCUGAUCUUUUACAAUUGGUGAGAUGGAAGGCUCUGCUCUGAAUCUCUUCAAGCCGUAGCUAGAGGUGGGUAUUAGUAAUGAACUGUUCAAUGUCAAUGGUCAUAUGACUUAUUUUUAUCUAUUGCGGCUUACACUGUGUCUCUAAGUUUGUCGACUGAAAUAAGUUAGUGCAUCCCCUGUAACUUGGGUAAGUCUUAGCACCUUGCAUUCUGUCUGAUAUAAAUAUUAUUGCUGUACCUGUGCUUGUUGAACUAAGUUCACUAGUAUUGUCAUUCUCUAAGAAUGAGAACUCAGUCUGAGCUCUUGACUAGAAUUGAUGCCCUGUAGGAUGCAGUUCCUGGAAUUCUUUUUCAUGAGAGCAUUCAUUUUUCUCUGUGUACUAGUCAAUGGAACGUAUCAGUUCACAUGGUUAUAUUGUUGUAUAUAGUGGCAGUCUACUUUUCCAUCAUUUAGUGUACUGCGAUGGUCCAGGCCUCAAGGGUUCCCUUGUCCCUUGUUAUUGAUGAUUUUUCAGCUCAAGAGCUAGAGAAGAAUUUGCAUGGUCCAGCUACAGAUUCACUUCCAGUGGACAAAAGGCUAGCAGUCUUCGAUGGCAUUUUUACUUCAUACCAUGAGAAUAGGGGUUAUAUUUGGAGUGAUGUGGUAUGUGAUUUUUGCAUUCUACCACAUUUAUUCCGGAACUAUUCAUAGUUUAUUUGUCACUGUCCAUAAGUGCAAUUUGUUACACUUAUCAUUAAUUAUCAUUUCCAGCCUCAUUCAUACUGAUUCCUAUACUGUAUGUUCCAGACUAGUGCAGGAAAGGCCGACUGUGAAAGAUAACUGAAGUGGUCUUCACGAUGCUGUCACAGCUGUAGCCUGUAUUAGUACUGAGAACCACAGAGUAUAGCCGUCUGUUAGUUAUUGCUAAGAGUAAACUUGCCAAGCGCCGUGAUGACAAAAAUGAGAAAGUUACCAAGCCAGAAGAGCUUGUUCGCCUCUAUGAUCUGUUGCUACAGGGGAAAACAUCUCUUUGUUGUCUCUUCAGUUUAUCUUUUCCCCUGGUGGUAGGCCGCACUCUUUCAGGUAGGAGGGGACUAACUUUUUCCUUGGAUAAUUGAAUACAGAUGAUCUUUCCUAGUUGACGAGCUCAUGGAAAGAGAGAACAACAACUGAGGAAGUUUCACUUGCCGAAGACUGCGUAGAGACGUUUAGCUUUCCACAGGCAAGGGUCUGAAAAAACUGCUUCUGCAUUAGAAUUGAUUGAGGGGUCCAUUGGAUGAGGGAUUUGAGUCUAAUAAAUCCCCCAACUGAAAACCCAGGAAAUUAAACAUGAAUUUUGACCUCUUUUUAUUCUUCUUUGCCCUCUGCCUCGCCGUUAUUCUUCUCUUUCUCUGUCGUCGCCUCAGUGGUGACAUUAGCAGCAACUGCAGCGAUGUCGGGGGUGAUAAGCCAACUACAUGUUUCCCUCUACUUUCGGUGUUUUGUUCCACUUUUGUUGUCAUGACCCUUUUUAGGGGUCGUUUGCUUCAUGAAUUUAAAAAUGAGGGUUUUGUAAUUUAAAAAACCCAAGGAUUUAUCAAGGAUUUGAGGCAUCAUGGAUUUGUAACAAUCUUUUGUUUGUUGGGAUGUUUUUAUCAUGAAUUUAAAGGUGUGGGAUUUACUACUUGAAUUCAAAAAUUACAUUACCGCCCUUUUCUAUACGUUUGACAUGUUUAUGAUAUGUACACAAAACAAGGACAAAACUUCAAAAUUAUCUUACUAUCAUUUUCUAUAUGUUUGACAUGUUUAUGAUAUGUACACAAAACAAGGACAAUACAUACUAAUAAGCAUAAUGUUGCCACAUGGACAAUAAUAAUAAACGAGAAAAUUUCGU